AUGGCAAGCGACCUUCCGCGCACAGGUGCAACGGCUGGGCAGUGGCCGAAAUUCAGUCACGUGGCUCGUGAAGAGCUGGCGCACUCGCAGGAGCGCUUGGUGACGUCCGCAAUCCACACGAGCCAACGACUCGGAAUGGCGGGCCCGCCGACUCGGGUCUGGAGUGAGGUCACCUGCCAUCGUCGAGACGUCGGGGCGCGGGCGGCUCCCCUGCCCAGGUGGAGGUCCUCCAGCGUGUCGCGGGCUGGUCACGGUGCGGUGCUGGGGAGCGCGGCGAACGCCCGGCCAGCCCAGCCCCCAGCGUCCGUUUCGUGGCAGGCCGGCCGUGCUUGCCCUCGCACGCGUGCUGAGCAGUCGACCAGCGUCACGAUUAGCGCUGCGCCCGUCGGAGGAUUCUGGCAGCAAUCACACAGCGAGGACCGCGGGCCUGGCGUCGUGGUUUCGAGUCCAGAAGCCGCUAAGAACACUGGCCGUCUCAGUUUCUUCGACGCUAGCCCGCUACCCCUGUGCAUCGUGUCAAUCUCGCGUGGCCCUGCAAGCAACCCCGGUCCUGCCCUGCAACAGCCAGCCUUACGUCCACACCGCCGCACUGCCGGCUCCACUCGCUGCCAAACAGCCGUUAUGCUUACCACUUUGCUGGUCGCGACCGUCUUGCGACACGCGGCGGAAGACCUUCCGGGCCCCGCGAUGACGAGCCGCCCGCAACCCAGGCGACAAGUCCAGCGCCGCCGCACACAGCCAACGCGCACCUGUCAGCUGAUGCUAUCGUGGGCCGCAUCAUGGAGUCGUGGUCGCUGAUGACGGCUCGGCACGAUGGGCAAGCCGUGGCCGUGUCCGCCCUGGUGGCUACGACAACGCGACAGGGCAGACUGCCUGCGG